AAUCAAAAUGUUUAACGCGCUCAUGACACAAUCUAUUAGGCGAUAUACAAUUGAUAAUACGGCUAAGUUCAAUGACUAUACAAAGACUGACAAUUUUCAACGUGGGCUUACCCUCGUAGGAGUUGGCGUUAGUGGGUGGGCUGUAAUGAAUUCUGUAGUUGAUCGGUCAGUCAGACCAAUCUACACG